UCCUCCCCUCCUAUUAAACAUGAUGCACAGAAAACAAGCCAUUCGCAUUGUACUUGUCCCCAACAACAAAUGAUCAUGUUUCAGGCUAUUCCCGAUCGACGUCGUCCACUAACUACAUACCGUGCACGCACACCAUUGGCCAUGGUAACGGCACCAUAUCACACGAAUAUCCAGUACAGACUAGAAGAUCAACCAUUCCGUAAAUACGACGUAUUUGGUCUACGCACAUGGAGCUAUCCCAUAUACAAGUACAUAUAUGGACGAGAACAAGACUAUCGGAGACCGUACUCGUACAACUUCAACAGAAUGUAUGGCACGACAUCACUCUACACACCACCGCAAUUGACACCUGAAAGUCGGCCCAUAACAACGCGACGAGGGUAUUCCGGCUAUACAUACUUAGCCAACGAAUCAAACUACGAUAUAGCAAGUCAACCAAGAAGCUUGAAGAAUUACAUGUACACAAGAACAUAUGUGGGGACAGUAUCAGCACCAUCGAGCUGGUCAUACUACGGCAACAGUUCGUUGCGCCAUUUCAAUAGCUACCGUCCAAAUAUCUACACACCAUCAACAGCUACCUGGCAACGAUACUAUUGA